AUGUCUUUGUAAUUGAUUUCAUCAAAUAAAAUUACAUGUUAUUAUGAGAAUGAUGAUUCUCAACUUGAAAUUGAUUAUUCAAGACCAUAGGAAAAAAUAAUUAACCUGAAAUCGAGUGAAUCUGGAUAUGAUGAUAAAGGUUUUGGAUUUUGGUCAAAAUAUGUUGCAAUAAUGGAUUUUGAUUCAUAUAGUAAGUAUUCUAGACCAUUUGAUGAUCAAUAUUGUUUCUGGGUAUAAUGCAUUUUCAAUGGAUUUUUUUUCAUGAAAAUCCUGGAUUAAAAUUAAGGAAAUGUAGCUGCCAUAAUAUUAAUGAUGAAAGACGAUCCUAUAAGUUUGACUCAUGAUAUUCAUAUAUUUGGAAUAGGAGAAAAUGGAUAUUAAUCGGCUUAAUUCAUUUAUAAUUCUAAUUAAUAUCAAAAUAUAUGGUAUUAUACAUCAAUAAUAUAUUAAAAAAUGGAUCAAAAACUUAAAAUAUUUACGAAUUUUAAUAAUUAGAUUCAUUCAUUUGAUUAUAAAAUGAUGACUGAUGAGAUAACAGUAUAAUUAGGAGGAUAUGACUACGAAUUAUAUAAAAAUUAUGUUUACGAAGAUUAAAGAUUACUUUUUUUUAAAGGAUAUUUUUCACCUUUAUAAGAAUAUGAUUUCUUUUAGUAUACUGAUGAAUUUUUUAUAAGUUUAUUUACAUUAUGUUAGAUAUAACCAUAAAAAACUAAAACUUUAAUUUAUGAUAAUAAAUAUGAAAUUAAUCCAAGUUUAUCAGCUUAAGAUGAUUUUUUCAUUUUAUCAUAUGUAUAUAAAAUAGUAAACAAUCGGUACUUGAUUACAUGUUGGGUUAAAUAAGAUUAUGAAGAAGUAUAUUUUAAAUUGAUAUUUUAAGGCUUUGAGAUACUAUUAAAAUGAAUUUGGCUUAACAUUUAAAAAACUUCGUUAAACAAUAUUCAUGAUUGAUUCUUUAUAAUACAUAUUGUAAAAUUUAUAAGGAGAUAAAGUUAUAAGCAUAUAUUAUGAAGUAUAAUUAUUUCUAAUAAUUAGGUUGACUUUUAAAAUAAUAAUUAAACUAUAAUAAAGUUGUCAACAGAAUUCAUAAAAAUACCUCUUUUUGUAGACCAAUAUUAAGAUGAAAAUUUGAGAUAAUAUGAUACAGCGAUUAUAGAGAAAGAUAAUCUGUAUGAAUUAAGUUAAUAGUGGCAUUAUUUAAUGAUUGAAUAUGGAAGGACACCUAUAAAUGGAGCUACUUUAUAGUUUAGGAUAUAUUUUCUAAAUCAAGAAUAUCUAAUAUAUAAUUUAGGAACUUAUGGUUAUAACUCUUAAUUUACAGGAUAACCAAUAAUACAAUAUAUUAAUAAAUAGGAUGAUUUUUUUGGAAAGAGUAGAACAAAAAUUCGUAGGAUGAAGUUUAUUUCAGGUUAUCUUGAAGAUAAUAAUGAUUUUACAUAUGGUAUAAUAAUAAAUAAUUGAAGAAUGUCAUUCAAGUUGCAAAGAUUGUUUUGGGCCAACAAACUCUGAUUGUAAAUCUUGUUAUACUGAAUAUUAUUAUGCUUUGACAUAAUAUAACAUUUGUGAUUGUAUGUAUCUCACUAAAUAUGUUACAACAUCAUAAAAAUGCUAGCCUAUAGAAAACACAUAAAAUUUGUAGAUUGUUUAAAAAUAAUUAUAAAAAUUAUGUAAUUUUGGUUAUUUUUAAGUAACUUUAUAAAAUUAGUUUUUUUGUGUUUAAUGGUAUAUUAAAAUAUUUAAUAAAAUUAGUCCAGAAUAUAAUGAAGAGAGAUUAUAAUGUGGUGAUUGCUAUCAUCAAUGGAAUACUUGGUAAUAUAAACCUAUUUGUUCAUUUGAUUAUAUACAAUAAAAAGUUGGAUAUCCUUUUAUUAAAAAAAUAAGAUAAAAUAUAAAUAUUGAUGUUUAUUAUUUAGAUGAUCAACUUUAAUUAAAUAUACUUUAAGGAGCUGCAGAUUUUUGUAAUAAUAUUUAAUUUGAUUGUUAAUAAAGUUAAAAUUAUCAUUUAGGCUAAUAAAUAAGAUUGAAAUGUAAGGUUAAUCAUUUUUUCUAAAAUAAUUAUUGUUAGAUUUGUGAUCCAUAUUGUAUUGAUUGUUCAUCAGAAGAUAUAUGCCUUAAUUGUAUGGAUAAUUAUUAUUUUAAUAUUAAGAAUAAAAAAUGUGAAUUAUGUCCUUAUGAGUGUUUAACUUGCAAAAGUGAUCAUAACACUUAUAAAGGAUUUAAAUGUUUAACAUGUAUUAAGUAUUUUAUAUUUUAUAUAUUAUAAAGGUAAUAUACAUUAACAAAAGAAGGAAUAUGCAAUAAAUGUGGAAUUGAUUGUGAAUAUUGUGAAGAAGAUUAUAAUCCAAAUACUUAAUAAUUCUUUAUAAGAUGUCUCAAAUGUCUAGAUGAAAAAAGAAUGUCUAUAAGAUUUGAUGGAAUUAAUUGUAAACUUAUUACAAUUAAUAAUUGUCAAGGUGUUUUAAUUGUCUCAAAAUCUUAAUUUCAAAGUUAUUCUAGUUUUACUAACAAUUUUAUUCCAUCUAAUGAUUAUUAGGAUGAAUAACCUAUUUGUGGAUUAUGUGAAGAUUUUUAUGGAUAUAAUCAAUAUUAUGGAAUUUGUGAACCAAGAUCAUAUGAUACUACUUGUCUAUCAUCCUAUUUAUCUGAUUAUCUAUAUAAUGGUAUUGUCUAUCCUUACUAAUACUUUUGCAUUGUAUCUUAAUAAUAUAAUUCCAUAUCAAUUUUUGGUGACGUAGCUGAAUCUAUUAUUCCAAAUUGUAGAUUUUCACUUAAUUAACAAUAACAUACUCCUUCUUUUUGCCUUGAAUGUAAAACUGGAUAUUAUGCUAAUCGUUUAAAUGGAUAAUGUUUUAUAUGUCCUGAAUUUUUAAAUUGUUAAACUUGUUUUCAUUCAUAUAUUAAGUUUAAUGAUUAAUGGAAAAUUAAACUUAUACCCAUUAAUUUAUUUAUGAAAUAAUAAACAAAUACCAAAUAUUUUGUAUAUUUUAUUAUUCUAAUUAUUUAGUUUACUUAAGAUUAAAGUAAAAAUCCAUAAGACUAUUAAUUAAUAUGUAGCUCAUGCAAUACUGGAUUCAUGUUAAAAAAUGGAUAAUGUAUCAAAUAUUGUGAUGAAGAUUGUCCUAACUGUUUAUACUCUGAAGGAACGUUUUAAUGUUAAAACUGUCUAAAUAAUAAUUAUCACAGUUAAUUGAGUUUAAUUUAUAAUAAAUGCUCUAAUUGUCCUAGUUAUUGUGUAUUUUGUAGAGAAAGAUCAAAAGAUGAAAUUUUAAUAUUAAAUUCUAAUUUUGUCUCUAAUUAGAAUAAUUAAAUUUAUUCUUAUUAAUGUCUCAAACCUUUUACUAAUAAUUAAAAUCUUUUUUAUGAUCAAAUUUUUGGAUAAUUUCUUCCUUGUUAUAAUUUAGAUGCUUGUGAAAAUACUAUUACAUUUGAUAUCAAUUUAUAUUGUUCAUAUUAAUAAUAUUAAACAAUUUUAUUAGCAAUCUCUAAUUUAGAUGAAUAAAUUCAGUUUAAAAUGAAGAAUGUAUUAUUUGAUUCACUCCUACAAUCUGAUCCUUAAAAUAUAAGUUUUUAAGAUGUAAAAUUUAUAAUUUAAUUUUAGCUUGAAUUAGAUUCAAAAUAUGAAGUAAUGAACAAAAAAUUUGUUAGAAAAGUUAUUAUAAAUCUAACAUCUAAUACAGAAUAAAUAUGUUCUGUUAAUGAUAUAAACUAUAUUUCCUAAAAAUUUUCAAAACAUGUGUUUUAUUUAAUGUAAUUAUCAUCUUAUAAAAAGUGAUGUAUAAUUGAUUAUUUCAUCCAAAAUUGAUUCACCUUUGAAAAUAAAAGUUUACAAGGAAUUGCAUUUUUUUGAUUUUUCAUUUUUACGUUUUGAAAAUAUUGAAUUUGAAAUUCAAUCAUCUUCAUAAUAGAAAAUUAUAAAUAUUCAAGGAUUCAAACCUAUUAAAUUAGAAUUAGAAAAAAUUUAGUUUUCUGCUUAAUCAAAUGAAUAACUAAAUUAUUUUGUUUUUAAAGCUAACUAAAUUUAUUCAACUUUUUUGAAUGGAAUUAAUUUUCAAAAUAUCAAUUUUUAGAGUGAAAUUCAAUAAAACAUUUUUGAAUUUUAAUUUUCCUAACCAUAAUCACAUGCUUAUAUUAAAAACAUUUAAAUAUCUAAUUGUCUUUUUAAAAAUAACAAUAUUUUUGAAUUUAAAUCAUCUUAUACUAUAUUAGUUGAAUUAGAUUCAAUGAAUAUUUCUGCAAAUUUAAAUAGUUGCUCCUUAUUAUUAUCAAAAACAAAUUAGGAAAUAAUAUAAUUUAUUAUUUCAAAUAUUUACAUUACUGGUCAAAUAGAAAACUCAGAGCCUUUUAUUACAUUAAGAAAUAUUUAGAAUGCUUAAAUUAAAAAUUGUACACUAACUCAAGUAAAACUAAUAGAUUCAACAUUUAUUUAAAUGGAGAAAAACGCUAUACUAUAAAAUAUAUUUAUUGAUUAAUGCCAAGUAUCUGGGGUUGUUUAAAUUAUUUCAAACUUUAUUUCAAAGGAAAUGAGUAAUCAAACAACACUCACUUAUUUUUUAUAUUAAAUAGAAGUAAAUAAUUUAAUUUUAAAUUACUUUUCAAAAAUAAUAUACUUAUAACCAUUUUAAUCAAUUUCAUCAUCAGUAGAAAUAGAAAAUAUUAAAUUUUCAAAUAUAAAUAUUGAUAAUUAAUUGAAUACUUAAUCUAAUUCUCCUUUGAUAAAUAUUUUAGUAUAAAAAGUUAAAAUAUAAUUUUGUUUAAUUUAGAGGGGGAGUGGAUUUAUUGAAUUUUUAUUAGAAAAUAUUUAGAAAUUAGAGAUGAAGAAUUUAAAAGCUACAUAACCUAUAAAAUAUUAAUUACAUUAAUUUUAUGAAUGUUGUAAUUUAAAUCCAAGUUUAUAUCCAAGUUUUAUAAAAUUAUUGGAUGUAAAAAGUAUUUAUUUUGAAGAUUUUAUAUUAAGUGGUUUUAAUAUAAUAAAUACUGCAUUAAUUUUAUAUUCAAGUUAUUCUGAAUUAUCAUUUGAAUUGAUAUUUGAGUUUAAAAACUUAAAAAUUGAAGGAAAUCUUAUAAUGGUUUCUCACCCAGAUUCAAAAACUUCUUUAAUUUAUAUUUAUAGUAGUUAAAAGUCUUAAGUAAUUAUGACAAAUGUUACAAUAACAAGAAAUUAAUUACAUAAUUAUGGAUAAAAUUUAUUCAUAAAUUCAGCUGUAGGGAUUCUUAUAAAUUGUCCAUCUGGAAUUAUAAAAUUAGAGUAAAAUUUAUUCAACAAUAAUUUUGCAACAAAUACUUCAGAUACAAUAGUGUAUAUAUUUGCAAAAAAUAUAUUUAUGGAUUCUAUAGUAUUCAUAAAUAAUUCAAUUUAUAAUAAUGAAUAAUUUAUAGAUAAUAUUUUACUUAGUUUUCCAAGGGAUUAAAUUGUAAGAUAAAAUAACUUAAAAUCUAUCUUUCCAAUAAUUAGUGAAGUGGGUAAUGCUUACCUUUAAGGCUAAAGUGUUAUAAUUUAGAAUUGUUCGGUGAAAAAUUCAUCUGGAAAAAAUGGAGUUGGAUUUUAUAUUGUAGCUUCAUCUACAAAGAUUAUUGGAGUUCAUUUUAAAAAUUUGAAAACAUAAUUUAAAAAUAAUGAUGAACAUGGGUCUUGUAUAUUUAUUGAAAUUGCAUCAAAAAGAUCUGAUAUAAUAAUAAAAGAUAAUACUGCUGAAAAUAUUAUUACAAAAGAUUAUGGUAGCUUUCUUUAUAUAAAAUCUGAUCAUGAUUAUUUAAAUUUGACUUUAACUAAUUUAACAGUUAAAGCAUGUAUAUCAUCUAAAGGAAGUACUCUAUAUGCAUCAUUUUAAAAAACCUCUUUAUCAAAUCAUUUGAAUAUUUAAAAUGUUGUAAUAAUGGAUGGUGAAAAUGCUUUUUAUGAUUAUCUUAAAAACAUGAUAUAAAAUCCAAAUGUUUAAGUGAAUAUUAAAAAUAGAGUUCAGUUUUAUAUUGAAAAUUCAGUGUUAAAUUUGUCUAAUGUAUUGCUAUUAGAUGUGUUUUAUGAAUCUUUAAUUUAUUGUAAUGGCCAAGGUAAUAUAAUGAUUAAUAAAAUGAUUAUUAACAAUGGUAAAAUUGCAAAAGAAAGUCUAUUAUACAUUCAACCUAGAAAUAGUAAUUUAUAAAUAUUAUUUAGAUUUGUAAACUGUUAUUAGUAUUAAAGGAUUAUAAGUUGAAGGUUUGAAUCAAUUAUUAAAUAAAGAGGAACUAUGCCAUUUAACUGCUUAACCAAUUAGUUCUAUAAAGAUUUAAAAUAUGCAAUGUUAAGUUUAAACUGAGAAUAAAAAUAUUCAAAAAGAUAUUGAAUAUGUAGUAACUAAUUAAGAUUUAAAAUGUUUAGAAAGUUAAAUACUUUAUACUAAUUCAAAUCCUUAAUAAGCUAUAAUGACAAUUACUUAAAUUAAAGAAUCAGAUAUAAUAUAGUUUUAAGAUGGCUAUUUUAUAAAUAAUAAUAUAUCUAAUUCAAAAAGUGGAAUAAUCUUUUUUUAAAUGAAUAAAUAAUAGUAUAACAAUUUUACAAUUUUCAUAAAUAAUUUGAAUAUUAACAAUAAUUAAUGUGGUAAUUUAGGAUGUAUAUGUUUAAAUGAUGAAAUUAACAAUAAUAAUUAUUAGUUUUUUAAUGAAUCCUAAAGAAUUUUAUCAUAAAGUUAGGAAUAGAUAUUAAAAUAACUUAAUUUUGAUAUCAUUAUAAUAAAAUAUCAAUGCAUAGGAAAUUAUGCAGAUUUUGGAACUUGUUUAUUUGCUAAUUAAUCUAGAGUGUUAUUAAAAGAUUCAAUUUUAUCAAAUAAUUAAGCAAGAUUAGCUGGUGGAGUAAUAUAUUUGAUAGGAAAUGCAUCUUUAUUAAUAGUGAGUGACUCUGAAAUAAUGAAAAAUGAGGCAUCAGUAGCAGGUGCAAUUUAUUUUGAGAAUAGCAUUAGUUAAGAUAUUAAAUACUUUGGUGCAAGUCUUAAAGAGAAUUAGGCAACUUCUUAUGGAAAUGAUAUUGUUUAAGCACCUUCUCAUUUAUCAAUCAGUAUAAAUAAUUAUAAAAGCAUAUUUAAUACCUAUGCCAUUUAUAAGACUAAAGACUAUUUAUAUGAAAUGUUAAAUAAUUCAAAUAAUAAAAAUUAAUCUAUAUUUUUACCAAGUGGUACUUAAAUAAAAGAAUAUUAAAAAUUUAAUUAACAAACAGAAUAAUUAGAAGCUUAGUAUUUAACAUUUAGAAUUAUAGCUUUAAAUAAUUAAUAUUCUAAAUAAUAUAAUUUAAGGAAUUCAAAAUGUGAGAUUGAAACAAAAAUAUUUGAUAUAUAAAAAAAAGAAUAUAUUAAAGUUUAGAAUCAAACUUUAAUAUCUAAAAAUCAUAUUAAUUUUAAUGAAAUAACAAAUGAUUAUAAUUUAGAUGAUUUAAUAAUAUAUUUUGAUAGUGAUUAUACAAAUACUGGAUAUUUGUAAUUAGCUAUACAUUGUGAUAGUAUAAAAAUAAAUCAAUAUGAUGAUAAUGAUUUAAUAGUUAAAUCAUAUCAUAACAAUUACAAAUUAUUGGUUAAUAUUAAUACUUUUAAGUGUAGAGUUGGUGAAAUAAAAUCUCACUUAGAUAUGUCAUGUCAUGAAUGUGAUUCUAAAUUAGAUUAAUAUUCAUUAAAACUCAAUUCAAAUAAAUGUAACAUAAGGGAUGAGUAAACAACCUUAAAUGUUACUUCUUAUAAAUUAAAUCUUAGAUAAGUAUUUAAUAAAUUAAAUUAGGGAUUUUGGAGACCAUAAUUUGAUAAUAAUGAUAUUGAAGAAUGUUAUAAUUUGAAAGAGAAUUGUGUAGGAUUAUGGGAUUAUGGUGAUAAUUCAUGUUUCUUAGGUCACAUUGGAGCAUUAUGUGAGUAAUGUGAUAUAGAAGAUACAAGAGGAUAAGGAAGAUAUUCAAAUAGUUUAGAAUACUCUUGUGGUUCUUGUGAAGAUAUUCAAUACAAUUUAGUUUAAAUCAUUGGAUUAAGUAUAUGGUAAUUAAAUAUAAUUUAUAUAUAAGGACUUUAAUAACAAUAAUUCUUAGUGUUAAAGGAGCAAUCACUAUAGAAUUCUAUUUCUUAGAAUCUCCUUACUUAAUCAAAAUAUUUACUAAUUAUUUAUAAAUUAUUAGUUCUUUAACAACAUUUAAAUUGAAUUUACCAAUUAAUUAUUUUUAUUUUUUAGAUGGUGUUGGAAGUCCAAUUUAAAGAAUAUCAUAUUCUAUGGAUUGUUAUCUAAGUAUUUGUAUAAUAUAUAUAUUUUUAGUUCUUAUGUCAUCUCUUAAUAUGCAUUAUAUUAGAUUGAUAUGGUAAUUAAUACUUCCUUGCAUUUACUUCCUAAUACUUGCAAUUUUCUAUUCUAUUCUUAUUUAUCUAAAUUAUAUCAAAUAUAGAGGACCUAUUGUCAUGACAGCUAUUAUCUAUAUGUAUAUUUACUUUUAGCCUAGUUUAAUUGGAUCUAUUAUAGCUUUAGUUUCUACUAGAACUAUUUCUGGGAUUCCUUGGAUCUAAGCUAAUGUUGCUUUCUAAUUUAAUACUUAUACUCAUUAAAAAUGGGUUUUUGGAUUUUGUAUCCCAAUCUUAUUCUUUUUUGGUAUUUUAAUACCCUUUGGAUUACUUUAUGGAUUAUAUAAAUAAAGAGAUAAACUUAUUUAUAAAAGAGGUAAAAGCUUAUUUGGAUAUCUUUAUUAUGAAUAUAAACCCAAAGCUUAUUUUUGGGAAAUUAUCAAAAUUGUUACUAAAGAAUUAGUUAUUUUAUUCUUAAUCUUUUAUGAAGAUUCAAUUAUUAUAAAAGGCUCUUUAAUUUAUUUCAUCCUUUUAUUUUAUUAAUUGUUAAAUCUUAAAUAUUAACCAUUUAAAUCUUAUAGUUUAAAUAAUUUGGAUUAUGAAUCAACAUUAAUCUGUGGAGUCUCUAUAAUUUUAGCAAUAGGACUUAAUUAAGGAUAAUAAUUUCAAUUUAAAAGCAUAAAUAAUAUUUACUUUUUUGCAUUGAUGAUAAUCAAUAUAUUUAUCCUAGUGAAAUUAUUAAUCUAUAUCAUCAACUCCUAUAUUAAUGAAAUGGAAGAAAUUGUGGAUUUAAUAAAAAAGAAAAUCUUAACUGUUUUACCAAAACAACUAAAAAUUAGUCAACAAUGCCAAAGAAUCUUAGAGCCUUAAGCAGAAAGACGAAAAAGAGUUAAAAAUAAUUUCAAAAGAUUGAAAACUGCUUUUAAAUAAUCAAAAUAAAAACAAAAUACCUAGAUAAAUUUAUUUACUACUUUUUCAACUUAGUAAAUUACUUAAAGAAUAAAGUAUUAUUAUUAAAUAGUAUAUAAAUUAGUAGCCAAAUUACUGAUAGAGAACAAAGACAAAGCUAAAAAGUACUUUUAUCAGAUACAUAAUACAAAUGA